AUGGGAGGCACACAAUUGCUCGCGGCCGUUCUCACGGCCGCAGUUUUCAUCCAGAAUGGAAGCUGUGAACGCCCUCCCUCCCUUACCCACCAGAACCCGUACGCAGAUGCCGGUCGUGACCCUCUGGCCGAGUACAUGAGCCUCAAGGAUAACGUCACAGAGUACAUGCCUGAGCGCCGACAGAUAGGCGCCCCACCCGUAUCCGAGUGGGAUAAGCGCGCCGCCAUCUUUAAGAGACAGACCGAAGCCCCCGGAGCCGGUGCCCUCCUUUGUCCCACAGGCGAGUGUGCCGACGGCAGUUGCUGCGGCAAGAACGGUGUCUGUGGCUACGGCGAUCUCUGCGGCGAAGGCUGCAAGAGCAACUGCGAUGCCACGGCCAUGUGCGGUGUCCAAUCUGAAGGCGGCGCCAUCAAGUGUGGCAUGAACUUGUGCUGCAGUUCCGGAGGUUGGUGCGGUACUUCCGAAACCCACUGCGUUGGUCCCAACAAGUUCUCCCUCUGCCAGCAAGGCUUCGGAAAGUGUGAGGUUCUUCGCCCCAAGACGUGCGGCGAGGGCUCCGGCACGGCUUCGAAGCGCACCAUUGGAUACUACCAGGCCUCCAACGUCCGCAACCGCGUCUGCAACCGCAUAUUGCCCUCACAGAUCAAGACCACCGGCUACACACACCUCAACUUUGCUUUCGCAUCCAUUGACCCGGUCUCCUACGCCGUUGUUCCUGCAGAGGCUGCUGAUGAGUCUCUCAUGAAAGAGUUUACCGCCCUGAAGAAGGCCGGUCUGCAGACCUGGAUUGCUGUGGGUGGUUAUGACUUCAGUGAUGUGAACCGGACGACGCAUACCACUUGGCAUGAUAUCUGUGCGAGCCCUGCCGCCCGCGCCGCUUUCAUCACCUCUGGCAAAGCAUUCAUGGACAAAGGUAUGGACCUCGACUGGGAGUACCCGGGUGAUCCCAAGCGGGGCGGCUCACGUGCCGACAUUGCGAACUUCGUUUUGCUUCUCAAGGAGAUGCGCGCCGCAUACGGCACCAACUACGGCAUCAGCCUAACGCUCGCCCCUGACUACUGGUACCUGCGAUGGUUCGACGGCAAAGGUCUCGAGCCAUAUGUUGAUCACUUUGGCUUCAUGACCUACGAUCUUCACAGCUAA